AUGAACAUUGCAACCAAUGGAGACAUUGAUCAAUUUGAUCAAUUAAUGACGCUCAAUUGCCAACAACCAAACUCUGAUAUAAUCUUUCAAAAAGCAAUUGAAAAUAAUCAAUUGGUAUUUGUUCAACACGUGUUUGAAAGGUAUCCAGAUUUGGUAGAAAUCGAUAAAAAAUAUCUAGAUCGGGCAAUCUCACAUCACCACCCAUUAAUGUUGAAAUGGCUAUUGGAAUAUUCUGGUAAUCAAAUAGACCAUAUUCAAUAUGCAUUAGAACAAUGUAUUGGAUCUGAUAGUUUGUCUUGUUUUAAAAUGUUGGUCGAUCAACCAUUUUUCAAAAAAGAUUUAUUAUCGUCUGUAGAAAUUCUAGAAAUUCUAUAUAUUUAUUCUGAUCAUUCACCAAUCUUUACAUUUUUAAUUUAUAAUCAUUAUUUUCAAUCAAAUGAAAUAGUAAAAAAAAAAGAGAAAAGAUUUAAAAAAUUAAAAAAUAAAUAA